AUGCCAUGCCAAGGCGAACAAAGACAAACUUUAGCCAAACAAAUUUUACAAUCUUGGCAACCGCUGCAUUGGGGCAUCAUUCUCAUAAAGACCGUCUAUGGGCUAUCCAAACAUCUAUCCUGGCCUGAAUUGUACACUUCUGUUGAGACCGAAGUGAAGAUUUUCCAGACUCUCGCCAUCCUUGAGGUUGUCCACGCAGCAGUUGGUCUCGUACGUUCUCCUGUGGGAACUACUGCUAUGCAAGUCUGGAGCCGUUUGCUACUGGUUUGGCCUAUCCUACAUACAUGUGCUACGGCACGUCAAAGUGUUGGUGUCCCCAUGCUUCUCGUCGCCUGGUCUGUUACAGAGGUCAUAAGGUACUCAUUCUACGCACUUGGACUCUUCAAUGCUGUGCCUUACUUCCUUACAUGGAUGAGAUAUACUCUCUUCAUUGUGCUCUACCCUCUUGGCGUGACAGGCGAACUUCUGACUCUCAUCGGUUCUCUUCCAGAGGUUGCUACGAAGAAGCACUACACCAUUGAAAUGCCGAAUCCUGCUAAUAUGGGUUUUUCAUUCUAUGCUGUUUUGAUCAUAUCAGCACUCCUCUAUAUUCCGGGUUUCCCUCAACUUUAUCUGUACAUGUUCGCUCAGCGAAAGAAGGUGCUUUACGUGGAAGCUGCAAAGAAAAAAGCGUAG